AUCGCGCUGCCCGCCAUGGCGGCCCCUCCGUGCGCCUUCUCGCCCGGCGGCGGCGGCGGCCGCCGCCCCUGCCUCUUCGCCGCCUGCGGGCCCGACGGUCGCCUCCGCGUGUGGGACGCGGCGGCGGGCGGCCGCCUGCGGCACGAGUACGUGCCCUCGGCGCACCUCAGCGCCGCCUGCACGUGCCUGGCCUGGGCCCCGCCGGAGGGGAGGCAGCUCCCCGGCAAGGAUGGCCCUCAGAGGAAAAAACGGAAGUCUGAAGUUGGAGAAGUGGACAAGCAGUUAGAUAUCCUGGCUAUUGGUACAGCAGUUGGUAGCAUUUUGUUGUACAGCACAGUAAAAGGAGAAUUACAGAGCAAGCUAGAUGGUGGUCACGACAGUAGAGUAAACUGUGUAAGAUGGCAUCCAGACAACUGCUGCUUGUAUAGCUGUUCAGAGGACAAACACAUUGUGGAAUGGAACACACAGACCUGCAAAGUAAAGUGUAAGUGGAAAGGCGACAAUAGCAGUGUCACCUGUCUAUGCAUCAGUCCAGAUGGAAAAAUGCUGCUGUCAGCUGGUAGAACUAUAAAACUGUGGGACUUGGAGACCAAAGAAGUCUACAGACAUUUCACAGGCCAUGCUACAUCAGUGUCAUCAUUAAUAUUUACCACAGUGAAACCUAUGAACGAAAGCAUACCUUUUGAUGGGAUUACAGGACUUUAUUUCUUGUCUGGAGCCAUACACGACCGAUUAUUGAGUGUAUGGCAGAUCAGGUCAGAUAGAAAAGAAAAGAAUGCUGUGAUGUCUUUUGCAGUAACAGAUGAACCAAUUUUUGUUGACCUGACUGUAUCAGAAGUCAAAGAAGAGCCUGUAAAGUUAGCAGUUGUGUGCAGGGAUGGGCAGUUGCAUUUAUUUGAACAUAUCUUAAAUGGUUAUUGCAAAAAACCCUUAACAUCAAACUGUACUAUCCAGAUAGCAACACCUGGAAAUGACGGGGACUCCACACCGAAACCAGUCCCUAUUUUAGCAGCUGCGUUUUGUACGGACAAACAGUCUCUGCUGCUGGUGUAUGGAAACACCUCACAGCCUGUCAUAGAGAAAGUGUCUUUGAACACCAGUGAACCGCACAUAUGUUUGGUAAGGGACAUCCAGAAAGUGUUGUCACUUAAAACAGAUGCUGCUCUAACAAAGGUAAAGACGCCUGUUGUGAACUCGGACACCAAAGUUCUAGUGCCUGGCAUUCCAGGACAUAGUACAGCUGUCAAAACUCCAGCCUCGGGAAAGGAGAAAAAGAAAAACAAGAGGAAACCAGGAGAGACAGAGGAGAGCAUUGAGGAGCGCCUUGGGGCAUUGGAUAUUGAUGUGAGCAAAGUAAAAACUCCAGGUGGCCUUCCACAAACAGACAGCUUAGCCGUGCUGCUGGUUCAGGGCUUGGAAAGCGAUGAUGCAGAAAUCUUAAAUAAAGUGCUUAAUACAAGAAAGGAAAACAUAGUCAAGAACACAGUAGCCAGAAUGCCUAUAUAUGCUGUCAUUCCACUGCUGCAUGAGCUUACGAAGAGACUGCAGGGCAACCCAUACAGUGCCUCACUAAUGGUUCGAUGGCUGAAGUCUGUUUUUACCCUACAUGCAUCCUACCUUUCCACAUUGCCAGACCUUAUUCCUCAGCUGGGAAUGUUAUACCAGUUAAUGGAGAGUAGAGUAAAGACUUUGCAAAAGCUUUCCCGUCUGCAUGGAAGACUCUUCAUUCUUGCCAGCCAGGUUGCAGCAUCAGAAGCAGUUCAGGAUGUACCUGAGGUUAAUCAGACUGCAAAGCUGGUCUAUGAGGAUGAAUCCUCGGAGGAGGAAGGCUCAGAUGAUGAGAUGAUUGCAGAUAAAGACUCGGAUGAAAACUGGGAUGAAGAUGAAGAAAAAGAGGAGCAAUCUGAUGAACAAGACAUGACUGUUGAAAAGGAAAUCAAUGGUGAUUCUGAUUUGGAACCAGAAAAUGAAAGCGAAGAAGAAUAACAGCUAAAAGAAUGAUUUUAGCAGUUUGAACAAGUGGGCCACCAACCUCUUUAAUUCUGGAUCAUGUUGCUGAAAGAUGCUGUAUUUGCAUAUCAGGAGUGCAGAGUCAUGCACGGCCUGUGUGCAAAGGCACAUGUGGGGCACUGUGCAUUUCUGAAUCCAGAAUGUUUAACCGUGCCAGCCUUCUCUCGCCCUAUUUCCCUGCGCUUACUUAUAGAAACAUUUCUUCCACCUCAUGGUCAGAUUAUGCCUGUCAUGUGGACAUGCAUUUGUAUCUCAAAUGAAAUAAAUAUGCCACCACUGUUUGUGUGGUAAACUUGG